AAUCGUUAGAUUGCAAGUAGCCCUCAGAGUACAUUAGAAAUUAUAAUAAAAACAGUACAUAUUCUAACUCCUUAUUCCCCUCUUAUUAUCCUAACCUUAAUGAAAGUAAAGCCUAGCUAUUUGAGGUAGCUUAGCCCCAGAGAACAAGAAUAAAGGGAAAACUAAAACCUAGUACCAUGUCAAACAGUAUUUAUAUAUUAAUAAAAUAUUAGAAGCUAAGGCGGUGCUAUUGAGCGAGACAAAAAGAGAGAUGGGAAGAGGGAAGGUGGAGCUGAAGAGGAUCGAGAACAAGAUAAAUCGACAAGUAACAUUCGCAAAGAGAAGGAACGGGCUGCUGAAGAAGGCGUACGAGCUCUCCCUUCUCUGUGAUGCAGAGGUUGCUCUCAUCAUCUUCUCUAGCCGUGGCAAGCUCUAUGAGUUCUGCAGCGGGCCCAGCAUGGAGAAGACACUUGAGAAAUAUCGAAGAUACACUUAUGCAGCACUGGAAGCGGGUCAGCCUGCUCAGAAUACACAGAGCAGAUAUGAAGAAUAUGAGAACCUAAAAUUGAAAGUUGAGGUCCUACAACGUACGCAGAGACGCUUUCUUGGGGAAGAUUUGGAAAAUUUAGACACAAAGGAGCUUGAGCAGCUUGAGAAUGAACUAGAUUUGUCGUUGAAGCGAGUUAGGUCAAGACAGAGCCAACAUAUACUUGAACAGCUUUCAGAUCUUCAGAGGAAGGAAAAGAUGCUACUAGAAGCAAACGAUGAAUUGAGAAGGAAGUUGGAAGAAAGUAAUGAAGGCCUUCAACGUUCCUGGAAAGCAAAGCAGCUAAGUAUUCCAAAUGGCCACCCGUCUACUGCUCAAUCAGAUCAAGGUUUAUUUGAGCGUUUACAAUGCAACAACAAAGCACUGCAGAUAGGCCACAGUCGUGAGGUAACAACUGAGGUAAAUGUAGCAACCUCAACCCAAACUCGUAGCGGAUUUGUCCCAGAAUGGAUGCUGUGAAGUCUCGGAGCUGUCUAAUAUGGUGGUUCUACGGACCAAUCGAUCAAACACAAGUGAACUGUAGUGCUAGUGUUGUUCGAUUGUAUAUGAUUAUCGAACCAGCGUGAAUAGGUAUAAAAGUCAAAUAACCAAUUUUUUUUGUUUUUUUAUUUGUCAUUCACACGGUGUCCUUAAAAGCUUUCUAGGUCCAGAGACUAAUCCGUGCUCGGGGGAUCUUGUCAGAACGCUUCCUACCCCCUGGCCACUAAGAAUAUAUUGGGAUUUAACUCCAAUAAGCGUCGGCCGGAUUCGAACCCGGAUGUAGGGGUUCCACACCUGGAGGCUCUUACCAACUUAAUACUAUUCCACUUCUUUUCACCAAAUUGUCAGUUUAUCCCAACAAAAGAAAGACAUUAGAAAAAUCACAUAAACACCGAUUGUUGAAAGACUUGCCAUUAUCUUUUUA